UUUCUUAAUUUUUUCUUUUCACAGACAGCUUAAUAAUUAUGAAAAUUACUAGACUGAUGUGUUGUUUUUCUACACAUUUUUUUAAUAUCUUCGAAGAGACUUGUUACAAUGGCAGCUAAUUUUUAAUCAAAGAUAGAUUUUGAUUAGAAAAUGGCUUUUAUCUAAUCUUUAAUUAUUAGCUUUACUUUUGUGGAUCUUGUGAUUUUGAAAAUGACAUCGGGGCUAAAACGUAUGAAAAAGGACCAGGAUGGUUUCUUGUACGAUGAUGACCCGGACUACCCUCGCUAUUAUGUACGAUCCAAGUGGUACCCUGUGGACCUGAUUGCCCUCUACCCUGAAGUGUUCACGGAGAUACUGACGACUAAGUUGAAGCGAGUGGUUGCGAGUGAACAGAACAGAUUACGUAAGAGGACAUCUAUUGCCUCGACUGAAAGUGAAGAGCGAGAUGUAGUGGUGGAUAAUCUUAUGCAGCUGACAGAACAAACGAGAAAAAAGGAAAUGCAUUUCAGCUCCAAGUUAAAUUCCAAGAAAAAAAUCAGUUCGCUGCAACGUGUGAACUCCCUUAGCUCCAAAGAUGACGUCCGAAACAUUAAAGACUUUUCUAAAAUUCACGAAUCGCAACGACCAACUUCGCAGAACCGACGAGCAGCAGUGUUCAAUUUGGCUGCUAGAGGGCGCACUGUGUUACAAAAAACGCCGGAUGAUUAUUUUGAAAUUUCGGUUACAGAAAAUGACACUGAGCAUGAAAGCUUGCUAAACACAACAAUUGAUCAAGAUUUCGAACCCAACGAGACUUCUGAAUUAGCAAUACCGAAAAGAACUCGGGACGAAUCGCAUUCGCCUAACAGUGAAAAACGAAGUGAUUCUUCUAGACGCAAAACGAGCGUAAUUCCAUCGCUUUUCGGCGCCAAGAGAGUUUCGAGAGUAAAUUCUAAAAGAGAAAAAUUUUCAGUUUCAAAACUAGCGCCAAUUUUUUCUACCACAAACUUAAUGACCAUAGAUAGCGGAAAAUUAGCUGUACCAUUUUUAUACAAGGGCCGAACCAGAAACGAAUGCUUAAAUGAACCAAAACAAGAACAGAUUUUGUGUUCACGUUGCCUGAGAAUGCUUUCACUUGAUGAAGAAAUUUUUGGUGAGGCUUCUAGGUCAAGUGCAAUUGAAAACAGUCAUCUGAUUCACGAAGAAACAGGAGCAGAACAUUGUGCAAGAAAUACGCAAGGAGGUCAAAAAUCUUCGUCGCCAGCAGUGCAUUUAAGCUUGCCAAAGAUAUUGCUUGGAUUCCACGGAAAAAAAAUCGACGACUCAGAGGGUUCAACGAAGAAAUACAGUGGUAAAAUUCAGCGUACAAAAAGCAACCCUAAUUUUCUCUUCAAGUUCUUGGAGUUAACAAGACGCAACAGUACACCUGCAGAUCUUGAGAAAUUUCAUCUCGAAAAAAUCACAAUAUCGCCAAAUGAAUGUAUAACUUUUGAUACAACUGAAAGCUUUAAAUAUCCUCAAAUCGAAUUGGAAACAGGAAUUCCAGAACAUCAAACUACAAACGUGAGACUUCAGAUAUUACAUCAGAUUUCUGCUAGCGAUGUAAAAGAGCCAACCAGCUUUGAGAAAGCUUUAUUAAAACCUUCCGACGUCAUUCAAAGAAUUCCGAGCUCCGAAAAGUUGAAGAAAGUUCGACUAAAAACUCAAGACUGGGAAGUGUGCAAGCCUUUUGUCGAUUCGAUUCGCGGAGAGUUUUUUCAUGUGGAACAACCAGCUGAAAGUGUUAAACUUUGGACCAAGAAUGCCCCCGAAAAAGCAAAACGACAUGAAAACGACAUAUUGGUCCGUGAUCAAACGUUAAACAAAUGCCGAAGACUUGAACUGAACUCACCUUCGUUUGACCAAUCAAAAUUGGCUGAGUUAAAUAGGAGUUUGAAAGCAGUUUGUUACGUGAGCCCUUCAGUUGUCUUAGAGAACCAGCAGGGCAUUUUGGAAGCUAGAGUUUCUGAAAGAACGCGCAUAGAUUUUGAGACAGCUAAUUGGAUCGAUCCUCCAUCUAAAAUUUUGCCAAGAACUCAGAGCAUUGUUGUGGCGUCGAAAACCUCAUCCGAAAACAAUUUUGGUUCUUCGGAAAUUGUAGAAAAUGUUCAGUUUGAGAAAUGUGAUGUUCACAAGCUACCGAAAGCAACGAUAAAAGCUGCAAUUGAAGUUCGCAGAGUGGCCUCGAAAACCUCAUCCGAAAGCAAUUUCGGUUCUUCGGAAAUUGUAGAAAAUGUUGAGUUUGAGAAAUGUGAUGUUCACAAGCUACCGAAAGCAACGAUAAAAGCUGCAAUUGAAGUUCGCAGAGUGGCGUCGAAAACCCCAUCCGAAAACAAUUUCGGUUCUUCGGAAAUUGUAGAAAAUGUUGAGUUUGAGAAAUGCCAUGUUUACAAUAUAUCAAAAGCAACGAGAAAAACUGCCAUUGAAGUUCACAGAGUUUCAAAUAGGAAGAAACGGUCACGAUUGGCGGAUGCUCUCAUUGAACCAAAAAAGUUCGAAAUUGCGAAAAGCCACGAAGCCGAACAGUUUUAUAGAGCCGGAAUUUCACUUCAAGAAGAUUCGAACGAGUCGUCUAAUUUUGAGUCAACAGAUAUACUUGAAGAUGGAGUUGCAGAAAAUAUUCAUCAAGAAGAAAUUGUUGUUCAAUCAACCGAUGAUAUCAGUGAGUCGAUGUUGCCACAGUCGAGAAGCAGUGAAAACGAAAUUGAGAAUUCGGCUAAUACGAACACUAGAGAUGCAUCUUUCAGCCAGUCGGUCGAACAUUCUAGAAGAAACUCUAUGGACAACAUUGAAACGGUUCAGGAAAAUGAACUGAAAAAUGACGUUAGUUUUUCGAAAAACGAGAAAAAUUCUCAAAGUACUGAUCAAAUUUCUCUUGAAACGGAGAGUUCGAAGCUAACGGUGGAAACCUUGAAACUACAGCUGGAAAAUGCGAAAACAAUUGAGGAGAAACGAAUGAUACGACGAAAGAUCAGCGUCUUAACAAGAUAAAUAAAAAAAUUUUCCUAAAG